UAUGUCUCAGUUUAUCAAAAAGAAUAAAGGCCCUCUUAUAGUCUGUGGAAUUGUUGGUGGUGGUAUUGGUUUAUGGGUGUGGAAGACUGUAUAUCCAUCAAUGCGUGAAUGUGUGUAUUCAACUUUCGGCGUCAAUGAGGCGGAUGGAUACACUGUGAAGCGAAUUGAAGAGGCCUAUCGUAAGCUUCAAGAAAGUGAAGAAUGCCAUUCGCUUUUGAAGAAGCAUUUUACUGAAAGUGUGAAGGAUAAGCUGAAGUAUAAGAAGACCAAGUUGGGAGGGACUUUGUAUGAUAUCAUCCGCUCUGGUGUUGCCAAUCUUGACUCAGGUGUUGGUGUUUAUGCACCCGAUGCUGAGUCCUAUACAAAAUUUGCUGCUCUGUUCGAUCCAAUUAUUGAUGAGUAUCAUGGUGGUUUUGGUCCAAAUGCGAAGCAUCCCGCGACAUAUUUUGGCGAAGACAAAAUUUCGGAAUUGAAAGAUUUGGAUCCAGAAGGGAAAUAUAUUCUUUCUACGAGAAUUCGUUGUGGACGCUCUUUCAAAGGGUAUCCAUUCAAUCCUCUUUUGUCUCGUGAUGAUUAUAUUACGAUGGAGGCAAAAGUCAAAAAUGUUUUUGAUGGAUUAAAGGGGGAUUCGGAACUUGGUGGAACUUACUAUCCGCUUGAUGGCAUGUCAAAGGAUACCCAAAAGCAAUUAAUUGCAGAUCACUUUUUGUUUAAGGAAGGUGAUCGUUUCCUGAAAGAAGCUAAUGCAAAUCAUUUUUGGCCUGCAGGACGAGGAAUUUUCCACAACGCCAAAAAGGCAACGUUUUAUACGUAUCUUUUAUUAAAAAUUUUUUUUUAG